UAUUAACUAAAAUUAACGGAAUUACAACUAUAUGUUUGCUAGACACUGGAGCACAUACAUCAAUUAUUAGUUAUUCUAAUGCCAUGAGAAUAGGUCUAUUAAAAGACAUUUCCGCUGCAAAUUUUCCAGCAGUCUACGGAAUUGGCAAUAAAUUAGUACCAACUCUUGGUCAAGCUACAGUCGAGUUAGAAAUCGCUGAGUGCAAAAUUCAAACAAAUUUUGUAAUUAUUAAAGAUACUGAGAAAAAGAAUCAAACAUAUAGCGCCAUUAUUGGUAGAGAAACAUUAAGUUGUUUACCCCUUAUGUUAAAUUUUACAAACUGGGAGCUUAUAAAAAUUCCGAAUGAGUAUAAAUUAAUUAGUAGCAGAGAAUUAGACAAAAUAUCAAGAAGGCUAGAUGAUCUAAAGACCAAUAAGUUUGAAAAAGAGAAUAGAAUAUGUAAUUAUUGCAAGAAAAAAGGACAUAUUGCCAGUAUCUGUUUUUAUCGUAAGCCGGAUUAUAAUCCGAGAGAAAAUCGCUUUCAAAAUAAAGUUGAAAGAGAAAACGGAGCUUUUAAAGUAACGCAUAAUGACCAGCUACGGUUGAGAAUUUCACAGCUCUAG